AUGAAGAAAACUUUUUCCGUGCUGCUGGCUUCGGUCGCUGGCUAUCUUGCUGCUGCUCAAGAAAUUCCUGCCCAUUGUAAGGAUAAGGAACUCAAAAACUGCCUACUCUCAGUCUCUCAAGGAUAUUCUAUUUGUGCUGCCGAAGACUUUUCCUGUCAAUGCACUUAUGCCCGUGACGUUACUGCAAAAUGCUACCAGGGAUGCCCUGAAAGCGAUGACAUGAAGUAUGUCAAGGCUAGCAUUGAAGACCAGUGCAAACUCGCACAAACAGUUGACUAUGCCGCAGUCCGCUUUAAAGGCGACUCGGACAUGCAACAUCGUGAUGACCACAGCCAUCUGGGCUAUAAUUGGGGCACUAUUCCAGAAGAUAAUUUAGAUGAAGGGUUUGAGGAGGAUAAUGCUGUGCCCCUUGCUCCUUCUGAGUCAUCUGACUGUGGUGACGAUGAGAAUGAUGACUAUGAGGAACCACCAACCUCGUAUUACCCUAAACCUACUCCCAGGCCAGCCUUAAAGCCUGCCCCGAAACCAAUCAAGGAGAAGAAGCCUGCCCCCACUUAUAACCCCGAUGAUUCCUGGGAUGAUGAGCCGGAUUCAGAAUAUGACGAGGAGGAUGACGAAGAGGAUGAAGAAGAGGGGAGCACAACAAAGAAAAUGUUUAAAAAAAUUUGGCAGAAAAUUAAAGGCCAAAGUGUGGAUGAAGAACUCACCGAAGCUGACUUUAAGCGCAGUCUUGAUGAAUCACUGGCUCGUGCACAAUUGACUCCUGAGCAGGCUGAGGAUAUUCUCCGUGCUGCAUCGUUAGGUCACAAUAUUGCCGAAGGUCUCAAUUUUGACUUGUUGCGCAAAAAGAAGGACUUUUUGAAAGGUGGAUGGAAAGAGUAUAUUCCAAAAAAGGGUCGCUAUUCUUCGGCUUCUGAAACUUCCGGAAUCCCAACUGAAGUUCCCACUGAGUUUUUCCCUAUCCCUGAUUUUAGUUCUGAAGAGCCUGCCCCUGUGCCUUCCCCUGAACCCACUUCUGAAGAUGAAGAUGAAGAUGACUGUACUCCCUCUACUGCUUUGGAUGGCUUUUCCUCUGAGCUUCCAAUUUAUUCAGAGCCUGUCUCAGAGUCUAGCGAAGAUGAUGAAGAAGAUGAUUGCACUCCCUCAACUGCUCUUUUCCCUGAAGAACUUUCAUCUGAAGUUGACACCAAAAUUGAGACCAUCAUUGAGACUGUCAUUCCUGAUCCUGUGUAUUCAACUGAAACUGUGGUAGAAGAGACUACCGAGGUUGAGACUGAGACUGAGAUUGAGACGUUUUCUCCAAAUCCCAGUACUAAGACAUGGGCAUCUGAACCAGAUACUGAGAUUGAAACUAUUGUCGAGACUUUUACUCCAAAACCUGUUUAUUCUACCAAGACUUUUGUUGAAGAGACUACUGUUGUAGAGACUGAAACUGAGGUUGAGACUUGGACCCCAAAGCCUAGCACUAAACCAUGGGUUCCUAAACCUGAGCCUGAUACUGAAACGGAAACUAUUGUUGAGACGUUUACCCCAGAACCUGUUUAUUCCACAAAGACUUUGGUUGAGGAAACCACUGUUGUCGAGACUGAGACUGAAAUUGAGAUGUGGGUUCCUGAACCUGAGCCUGAGGAGUUGUCGAGCAAAACAUGGAUUCCUGAACCUGAAACUGAGGUUGAAACUAUUGUAGGGACUUUUACACCAAAGCCAGUUUAUUCUAGAAGCACUGUGGUUGAGGAAAGCACUGUGGUUGAAACUGAGACUGAGAUUGAGACAUGGGUCCCAGAGCCUGACACUGAAUCUGAAGAGGAAUCGUCUAUAAAACAUAGCAAGCCUUGGUAUCCUGAACCAGAACCUGAUUGGAAGUCUGAAGAAUCUGAGGAGCCUCCACUUGAUAAUUGGGGACCUGAACCUGACACUGAACCCAAAACUGAAGUUGACACUGAGGUUGAAACAAUUAUCAAGACUGUUACACCAAAACCUGUAUAUUCUACAAGUACAGUUGUUGAAGAAACUACAGUUAUUGAGACAGAAACUGAGGUUGAGACAUGGGUCUCGGAGCCUAGCACUUAUUCCAAGACUUGGUCACCCAAGCCAAAAACUAAAACUUGGGUCCCUGAGCCUGAGCCUGAGCCCGAUACUGAUACUGAUACUGAUAUUGAGACUAUUGUUGAGACUAUUGUUGAGACGUAUAGUCCAGACCCUGUUUAUUCUACGAAAACUGUGGUUGAGGAAACUACUGUUUCAGAGACUGAGACUGAAAUUGAGACUUGGACUCCAAAACCUAGCACUAAACCAUGGGUUCCUGAGUCUAGUUCCAAGAAGUGGGCUCCUAAGCCUACCAAAACUUGGGAUCCUGGUUACGAUACCAAGAUUGAGACUAUUGUCGAGACGUUUACUCCCAAACCUGUUUAUUCUACAAAGACUGUGGUUGAGGAAACUACUGUUGUCGAGACUGAGACUGAAGUUGAAACUUGGGUUCCUGAACCACCUAGCUCGUUUAAGACUAAAGGUUGGUUUACUAAGUCUAAGAGUUGGGUUCCUGAGCCUUCUGAGCCUGUUUACUCUGAACCUGUGUACUCUGAACCUGUGUACUCUGAACCUGUGUACUCUGAACCCGUUUACUCUGAACCAUCUUAUGAACCCACUUCAGAGUCUAAAGAAGAUGACUGCACUCCAUCAACUACUUUAGAACCUUCUGAAUCUGAAUCUGAAUCUGAAUCCACUAGUGUCGAAGAGCCCUCGUCCACAACUGAAGACUCGUUUGCUAUCCCCACUGACUGGUAUGGCGAUGGUGGCAACGAUGGUAGCAACCAGCCCUCAAAAAAGAAGUCACUUAAAGAAAAGUUUACCGAGAAGCUUAAGAAGGUUCUGAAAAAGAUGAAGGGAAUUAAGGGGAACAAGGGUGACAGCUCUGUGGCUUCUGUGGAAGAUGACGCUUUUGUUUCCGGCGCUGAAGAAGAAGAGUUUGUAGCAAAUGCUAGUGUGGGACUCGAGGACUCAAUUCUGGCUCGCGAUGUGGAUGGCGUUGAAAUUAUUGCAGGUGUGGCUCCUGUUGAGCAGGAACAAGUUAAGGAGCAAACUGUGACGCCGCAGUCGCAACCUCAAGAAAAAUCACAAAUUCCUGUAGCUCAGUUUGUUUCUGGAGCAAGCAAGCUUGUCACUUCAUGGGUUCCAUUACUGGCCAUGGCUGCAUGUCUGGCUUAUUAUGAUUUGAACCCGGUGUUUUUCUUUUUGUUGGCUGGUGUGGGGCUUGCCUAUAUCCAGCUUUAUCUUCCCGACUUGGUUGGAGCUUAA